AUGACAACACAAGAAACCCCUCUGCCUCUGCCAGCACACCUGGAUCCCAAAACCUACCCGCGCACAACCCACGAUGCCGCCAAAAACAUCCACCUCACAUUAACAUACACCCCACUCGACGCCAACACCUACCUAUCGCAAACCUCCUCGCCCGCAGCCGGCGCAAACGUCUUAUUCCUCGGAACAACGCGCGAUACAUUCGAAGGGCGUUCCGUGUCCCAACUCAGUUAUACAACCUACCCGCCUCUCGCGCUGAAGACAUUGACGGAGAUUGCGGAGGCGGCCGUGGAGAAACAUCAGCUUUUGGGCGUGAGCAUUGCGCAUCGCAUGGGGAUUGUGCCGAUUGGGGAGGCUUCUAUUGCUAUUGCUGUUAGUUCCGGACAUCGGGCUGCAGGUUGGAGGGCUGGGGAGGAGAUUCUAGAGGCUUGUAAGGAGCGGGCGGAGAUUUGGAAGAGGGAGGAGUUUUUGGAUGGGGGGAUGGAAUGGAGGGCUAAUGCUGAUCGGGAUGCUGAGGGGAAGUUGAAGAGUAGUGAGGCUUUGUGA